AUGGCAGGAGCAGGGGCAGGGACAGGGCAAGUACUGCAUCUAUGGAAAGAAUGGGGCAUCCAGGUGCUGGUGCUGCUCAGCUUCUCCCUCCAGAUCAUGCUCCUCGUCAUGGCAGAGCUCCGCCGGCGCAUCGACUCCGGCGUGCUAAGGGCCUUUGUGUGGUCAGCGUACAUGAUGGCCGAUGCUACGGCAAUCUACGUGCUGGGACACAUGUCUGUGAUGAGCAGAUCACCGGAGCAUGAGCUGGUGGCGUUUUGGGCGCCUUUCCUCCUUCUGCACCUUGGUGGGCAAGACAACAUCACCGCCUACAGCAUCGAAGACAACAAGCUGUGGCUGCGCCACCUGCAGACUCUUGCUGUGCAGGUGGCUGCAGCUACAUAUGUCGUCUAUGCGUCUUCCAUCCUUACCAGCGGGCUCCUCCGGGCAGCCACCAUGUUGAUGUUUGUGGUUGGUGUUGCCAAGUAUGGAGAGAGAGUGUGGGCACUCAAGUGUGCUGGUAGUACCUCAGAGCAGGGAGGCAACUAUCAACCUCUAUUUUACGCCUCGGGAUCCCAUUACCGGACCAUACCGUCCAAAAGUUGCAGCCCGAAUAAGGAAGAUUACCUGUUGGAUGCUCACCUCUUCCUGGCUGUUCCUAAGAAAUUCCUUAUGAGCAUGCUGCAGGAUGAAGAGUUGCGGUUUCAUGAUGUAGAUAAGCAUGCUUUGGAGGAGGUGGUUGAGAUGCAGCUCUCCUUGAUGCACGAUGUCUUGUUUACAAAGACUGAGGUGGUGCACAGUUGGUGUGGCCUCUGCGUCCGUGUCAUCUCGUUGCCGGGCACAGCCGUGGCAUUGUUGUUGUUUUAUCUUUCACUUCUGGGUGAUCAUCAUCAUCAUCAUCAUAUGGCUGCUGGGAGUUACAGUAAAGUAGACAUUGCUAUCAGUUAUGUCCUGCUUAUUGGGGCUCUCGUUUUGGAGGUCAUGUCAAGUAUUAAGGCAAUGUUCUCGAGCUGGACAAGUUCGUUCCUGCUAAAGCCGAGGAGGGAUUUCACUAGGCCAGGAGAGGAAGAAAGAAGUAUGAGGAUCUUGCUUGGUCGUGGGAUUACAUCUGUCCGCCGGUUUGUGCAUGCAGCAGAAUGGAGAGGAAGGUAUUGGUCCGGCUCCAUGGGGCAGCACAACCUGCUUCAGUUGUGCGUUGGCAGUAGGGUGGGCCGAAUGAGCAAAAUCGCGAGAUGGAUGGGAUUUGAGGACCCGUGGAACACGCUGGCAUACUGCUCCUCCAUCCCUGUCUCGGCAUUCAUCAAGCAGCUGCUGGUCAACCAUGUGCUGAGUCGCAGCGUCCUUCCAACAGAUGAAGAUCACAUCGCUAACUCAAGGGGCCUGGCGGCCCUGAAGAGCAAGGGACUGUAUGAGGAACUGGAAUGGAGCUUGGACCCCAAAAGGUCCUUGGAGCAGACCAUCCUUACAUGGCACAUCGGCACCAACAUCUAUCUCUUUUGGUACAAAAAGGAGAAGCCGGAGCAAACAAAUGCAGCCAGUGGUCAAGGCGGCGACGACGCACAGAGGCAGCAGCAGCAGGUUGAUCUCGUCGAGGCGGUGGAGGCGCUCUCCAAUUACAUGCUCUUCCUUCUUGCCUCACGUCCCUACAUGCUGCCUGCCCCUGUUGACCGUGGGAUGUAUGCUAAUUCCUGCUAUGAGUUGGUUGGUGUAGUGUGCAGCUCAGCUGAGGAUCUGGCCAACUUGCUGCUGCGGUACUACAGGGAGGAGGCUGAGGAGGAGGCGAGACUGUCGUCUAAUAUGCCGUUCGACACUGUUCUGGAGAACAAGCCCAAGCAGCCGAACCUGUCUGAUAUCAUCCCGUUUGACACUAGUCUGGGUGAUGCACAAGACAGGCAAAAGGCCUAUCGGCUGGACCUUACAUUGCACCGUGGAUGUAGGCUUGCCGCAGAGCUGAUCCACAACGGGAUGCCAGGCAUGCCUUGUGCUGCAAUAAUGCCGGAGCUCAUCGCCCAGGUGUGGAUCGAGAUACUAUGCUACGCAGGCCACCGGUGCAGCGCGUACUCUCAUGCCAAGCAGCUUGGCAGCGGCGGUGAGCUCAUCACUAUCGCUGCCCUUCUAGUGGAAUAUGUCAGCGUGCAAGCCCUUGCGAUGCAACCACCACUGCCAUCACUAUCGCUACCCUUCUAGUAGUGGAACGUGCAUGUCAGCGUGAAGACCCUUUCGAUCGAUGCA